GCCGACGGAGGGGCCGGGAAGAGCGGAACGGAGGCGGAAGUGGGGUCGGGCGCCGGGGUUUGGCCUGUCCGGGCGGAGGAAGAGGCGGUAGCAGCGGCGGGAGGGGUGUUGGAGACGGACCCUGAUUUGGCGGGCCCGAUGGCCUCCGCGAGCAUCGAUAUCGAGGAUGCGACUCAGCACCUGCGAGACAUCCUGAAGCUGGACCGGCCGGGGGGUUUGGUGAAUGAAAACCAGAGGGCAUCCAGUUCAUACAAUGGAGAUCUAAAUGGUUUGCUAGUGCCAGAUCCCUUAGCAGGUGGGGAUGGCCUUCCUUUGACCAAGUCAGUCCCCCAACCAGUCCCCGUGGGAACCCUGCAAGAGAAACAAGUCAUCUGCCUCUCUGGAGACGAUAGCUCCACCUGUGUGGUCAUAACUGCAAAAGAUGUUGAAAUAGUAGCUAGCAGUGACUCCAGUAUCACCAGUAAAGCUAGAGGGAGCAACAAGGUAAAAAUCCAGCCAGUGGCCAGGUAUGAUUGGGAGCAGAAAUAUUACUAUGGUAACCUGAUAGCCGUGUCAAAUGCCUAUUUGGCAUAUGCCAUUAGAGGUGCCAGCAAUGGCUCUGCCAUGGUACGAGUUCUCAGUGUCAGCACAGCUGAAAGGACCUUGCUGAAAGGCUUCACCGGUGGCGUAGCAGACCUAGCCUUUGCUCACCUCAAUUCCAAUCAGGUGGCCUGUUUGGAUGAAGCUGGAAACCUUUUUGUCUGGCGCCUGACCAUGGAGAAUGGAAAAAUCCAAGAAGAGAUUUUGGUGAACAUCAAACGACCCGAGGGUACACCUCUGAACAGCUUCAGAAGGAUAAUUUGGUGCCCCUUUAUCCCUGAUGAGAACGAUGACAGUUGUGAGGAGGGCAGUCAGACUCUGGCGCUGUUACAUGAGGACAGGGCGGAGGUCUGGGACCUUGACAUAAUCCGAGCCAAUCACAGUUCAUGGCCAGUAGAAGUCACUAACAUCAAAGAAGGGUUUAUUGUGGUCAAAGGGCACAGUACGCGCCUGAGUGAAGGAGCCCUCUCCCCGGACGGAACAGUUUUAGCCACAGCAAGCCACGAUGGCUAUGUUAAAUUCUGGCAGAUUUACAUUGAAGGACAAGAUGAGCCAAGAUGCCUCCACGAGUGGAAGCCCCAUGACGGCAGGCCGCUCUCCUGCUUGCUCUUUUGUGACAACCAUAAAAAACAAGACCCUGAAGUUCCGUUUUGGAGGUUCCUCAUUACAGGAGCAGAUCAGAAUCGGGAACUGAAAAUGUGGUGCACUGUAUCAUGGACCUGUCUGCAGACUGUUCGAUUUUCUCCAGAUAUAUUCAGCUCAAUGAGUAUCCUUCCUAGCCUGAAGGCCUGCCUAGAUCUGUCUGCCGAGUAUCUGAUUUUGAGUGAUGUUCAGAGAAAGGUCUUGUAUGUGAUGGAGCUUGUGCAGAACCAAGAGGAGGGCAAAGCAUAUUUCAGUUCCAUCUCAGAGUUCCUGCUGACCCAUCCAGUCCUCAGCUUUGGCAUCCAGGUUGUCAGUCGCUGUAGGCUGAGACACACAGAGGUCCUGCCAGCAGAAGAGGAGAGUGAUGGCUUGAAUGCAGAAGGAACACAGGGCAUUGGAGCUGUAGAAUCAGCUGCAGGGGUGCUGAUCAAACUCUUCUGUGUCCACACAAAGGCCCUUCAAGAUGUACAGAUCCGCUUCCAGCCUCUCCAUAGUCCAGACACAGCUGCACCAGUACCUCCCCAUGGUUCACAUGAAGAUUUUGCAUUCCCAGACCAUCUCGCUGAUCUGGGCGCAGAAGGACUGGGAUCGGAGAAGGGAUCCAUUUAUGACUCCCAGCCAGAUCUGCGCCGCAUUUCAGAGCUGUCUGUUCCUGUAGACUUCCUUCCCUCAUCAAAUGAUGCAAAACCCAAACUUAUGACUCCAGAUGCAUUCAUGACUCCAAGUACAUCUCUGCAACAGAUCACAGUCUCACCUGGAAGUAGCAUCAGUUCCCUCACAGCUGUCACCACCAUGAGCAGUUCCAUGGUCAGCGAUCCCCCCAUUCCUAGAUCAGCUGAAGACGUGUCUCUGAGCCCAAAGAUGCAGCUGGAUGCUAGUCUCGGACUGAGCAGCAGCAGUGGGAGUCUGCAGACAAGUCCACGAAGUCAUUCGGUCCUCCUCUCGGGCCUUCCUGACAAGCUGGCCCCAAAGCCUCCCAUCCCAGUUUCCUCAGGGAACUCCCCGCAUGCACCGGAGCGGCAAGAAGUGGAGCCUCUGAUGAUGCCUCAGUCUUCCCCCACUCGCGAACGCUCCCCUGAUGUCAUCUCCUCAGCUUCAACUGCCAUGUCCCAGGACAUCCCUGAAAUUGCCUCAGAGACCCUGCAGCGUGGCUUUGGCACAAGCUCUUCAGGACAUGAUGCAGAAGUCCUGGACUCCAACCAUCAUGAUGACAGCAUGGCUUCUGCGGCGUCAGCCUUGCACUUACUGUCUCCGCGCAAUCGGCACAACUCAGAACACAGCCAUCAUUCCUUGGACAUGGCCCCCAGUGAAGUGGACAUGCUGAUGGCACCCUCCCUGCUGGAGAUGGCCUUACCUCAGGAAACAACAGCUUCUGAUAGUAGUAUGAGCCAACCUUGGCCAGCUGCCCCUGACAUCACCAGAGAGACCAGGAACAGCAUGGCAGAUAGCCCUAGGAAUGAAGCUGAAGAGAAACACAAGAGCUCUUAUCACAGACACACCUACCAUAUGCUGCAGCAUGAAAGUCAGGACGCUAGUGCUGAGCAAAGUGAUCAUGAUGAUGAAGUAGCAAGCUUGGCUUCAGCAUCAGGUGGAUUUAGUGCCAAAGUGGCUGCCCAGAGGCUACCUGUAAAAGACUGGAAAGCAAAGGUGUCCCCCCGAGCCUCCCCAAAGCUAAAGAGGAAGGGAAAGAAAGAUGAUGGGGAUGUGACACAGUCUCCAAGGCCCUUUGAUCAACAGGUUGCUCCUGAAUACCAGGACGAACUGAUGUCCCUGCUGAGGGCCCAGCAGAGGGAGAUUGCUGAAUUAAAACAGAACCAAAUGGAGCUAAUGCAGAGGCUCACUGACCAUCUGGAUGCUGUGCAGAGCUCCCUUAUGGGCCACAUCGAGCGGGUGUUGGAUUCCCAACAAGAGCAAGAGCAGCAGAGGCUAGACCUGGCUCUGGCCGAGAGGCAGCAGCGCAGUGGGCAGUUGCAGGAGCACCUCUCCCAGCACCUCUCCCAGUCCCUCUCUGCAGCCGCCUGCAGCCGAUUGGAGAGGACCAUCCGCGAAGAGAUGAAGAAGGCCGUGCCUCCCUGCAUCUCCAAGACUUUGGAUCCUGUCACUGGGCAGCUGAAUAAUACAAUUGCAGCCAAACUUACAGCCAUUGAGGGGACGUUGAAGGAGAAUGUUGCAAAACUGGUGAAAUCAAAGAAUCUAACAGAUAGUAUUGCCCGAACAGCUGCUGAGACCUUGCAGGGACCCAUGCAGUCAGCAUACAGGGAGGCCUUUCAGAGUGUGGUCCUGCCAGCUUUUGAGAAGAGUUGCCAGUCCAUGUUCCAGCAGAUCAAUGAUACCUUCAAGCAAGGCACGCAGGAAUAUAUUCAGCAGCUGGAGACCCACAUGAAGAAUAAGAAAGCCCGAGACCAGGAUGCCCGGGACUCUCAGCUGAGCCAACUCCGACAAUUGGUCAGCUCCUUCCAGAGCACUACUGACCAACUGGCAUCGACCAUUGCAACCAGUGUACACACCGAGGUGCAACAUCAACUCCAUGUCAUCGUGGGCAACAUGCAGGAAUCCAUCCUGGCCCAAGUGCAGCGAGUGAUUAAAGGAGAGGUCAGUGUGGCCAUGAAGGAGCAGCAGGCGGCUGUCACGUCCAGCAUUAUGCAGGCCAUGCGCUCGGCCGCCGGCACCCCCGUCCCCGCCACUCACCUGGACUUCCCGUCACAGCAAGCGCAUGUGCUGCAGCUCCUGCAACAGGGACACCUGAAUCAAGCCUUCCAGCAGGCCCUCACGGCAGCCGAUUUGAAUCUGGUUCUCUACGUCUGUGAGACGAUGGACCCUCAGCAAGUAUUUGGGCAGCAUCCCUGCCCGCUGUCCCAGCCUGUCCUUUUGUCUCUCAUUCAGCAGCUCUCCUCAGACUUGGGAGCUCGGACGGAGCUCAAACUGAAUUACCUGGAGGAAGCGGUGAUGCAUCUAGACCAGAGUGACCCCAUCACCCGGGACCACAUGGGCUCAGUUAUGAACCAAGUGAGGCAGAAGCUCUUCCAGUUCCUGCAAACAGAGCCUCACAACAGCCUAAGCAAGCCUGCACGCCGACUUAUGAUCAUGCUUCAAGGCCUGGUCACUCCCGGCAUGUCUUAACAAGGCUCUGACCACCUUUACACAAUGGCACCUGGAAUUGCUAACUGAACAUGGCUGGUUCUCCCCCACCCCCCUUUCAUCUUCUAAAGCACACACUGAGAGAAAAAUGACAAGUGUGUGAAUGGGCAAGUGCUGUGGAUUGAGUCCAGUUGUGUUAGCCAUGUUUAAUCAAAGCAUAUUUACUUUUCUGUGCAAGCAGACCCCCCCCACCCUGCAUUUGCCUUUCUUUGUACUUCACACAAGUUGAUGUGCAGAGAGAGAUACUCUUAAUUCCAUAGUUCUCCAGUUUUAAAGCUUGGAGUCCCCUCUUCUCAAGGACUUUGGGGUUUGGAGGUUCUGUGAACAUCCCUUGGGUUUCUUCAAUUGCCCACCUGAGGUGAACAGGCUAGAAGUGUUAAUUCAAGGUAAUGAUGAGUGGGAGGAUCACAGCAGCCCUGGUGCAGUAUCCAAGUUCAUGAAGCUCACCCUUGCUGGGAAGCAGUGAUAGUCUUUAUAUGAUGUAGCAUGUUCAUGGUUCAAAUAAUUCCUUUCGUUUGGUUUGGUUUUUGGCUUUUUCAUUUAUUUUCUUUCCUUUUUAACUAGAAUCUUUAUCUUUGAUUUUGGAGUAACAUUUAAAAAUUCAAUAAA